CUUAGUGCGGAAGACAACUGCCAAAGCGGUCAGUGAACCAGGGAACGGGAAUACUUUCAACUUUCUGUUUCUUUUCCAAGGAAUUGCCAACCUGGGACCAUCUUGCACCCAGGGCACACUGAGAUCUGCGCUUGAAGAAUUAAUUCUGUUUCUUGGAUUGUAUGCAGCAGGACCCAAGUCAAUAACUCAGGUGUUUAUGAAAAACAAGAAUCGAGAAAAUUGUUAAGGACAUUAUCAUAGCGCAUUACUUUAUAUUUUUAAGGAUUCGCGUUUUUCUUCAAAUCGUGUUUGGGAAACCCGUUACACUGGAUACUGCUCUAUAUACAAGUCUGUUUGUAUAUGUAUAAGUGGGAUUAAGAUAGACUGUUACUGGUCAUAACAUAAAGGGUUUUUGGGAGAUUUCGGUUAGGAUUGGACCUCUUCACACCAUGGCCAUUCACAGCCUCUGCAUGGUGACCCAUCUCCUGGCACUCAGUCACUGGAUGCUGGUGUCCAGCUGUCUUCCGUUGUCGGCCCCAAGAGUACAGCUGACCUUCAAAGAGCUGAAGACCACUGGCACAUCCCACCACUUCUCGUUCCUGUUGAACACGACAGACUACCGGAUCCUGCGGAUGGAUGAAGAUCAUGAUCGGAUGUACGUCGGGAGCAAAGAUUACAUCCUGUCUUUGGACCUUCAUGAUAUCAACAAGGAGCCACUUAUAAUCCACUGGCCAGUUUCUGAGCAAAGAAGGGACGAGUGUGUUUUAUCUGGGAAAGACACAAAUGGGGAGUGUGGGAACUUUAUCCGCCUGAUUGAGCCAUGGAACCGAACCCACCUAUAUGUCUGUGGAACCGGGGCCUACAAUCCCAUAUGCACCUACAUCAACCGAGGACGUAAGCCUCUGGCCCCCCUGCACCUGCAGAUGCCCCAACCAGGAGGGAGGGCCAGCAGAGCCGCAGACAUCACCUCACCCUCCAUGCCGAAUGAUCACAAGGAAUACAUCUUCCACCUGGAGCCUGGCAAAGUGGAUUCUGGUAAAGGCAAAUGCUCGUAUGACCCCAAAUUCAACAGCGUCUCAGCCUUGAUAAAUGGCGAGCUCUAUGCGGGUGUUUAUAUCGACUUCAUGGGAACGGAUGCAGCCAUUUUCCGCACAAUGGGGACGCAGACGGCCAUGCGCACAGACCAGUACAACUCUCGCUGGCUCAAUGACCCUGCAUUUAUACAUGCCCAGCUGAUCCCAGACAGUGCAGAGAAGAAUGAUGAUAAACUCUACUUUUUCUUCCGGGAGAAGUCAUCAGAUGCGGGACAAAGCCCCGUGGCGCACUCACGAAUUGGCAGGAUCUGUCUGAAUGAUGAUGGCGGACAUUGCUGUCUAGUGAACAAAUGGAGUUCCUUCCUCAAGGCUAGGCUGAUCUGCUCAGUUUCAGGGCCUGACGGAAUUGAAACACACUUCGACGAGCUCCAGGAUGUUUAUAUACAGCAGACACAGGACAUCAAAAACCCUGUCAUAUACGCUGUCUUCUCUGCAUCAGGAUCUGUGUUUAAAGGGUCAGCGGUGUGUGUCUACUCCAUGGCUGACAUCCGAAUGGUGUUCAACGGACCCUUUGCUCAUAAGGAGGGACCCAACUACCAGUGGGUACCUUACAGCGGCAAGAUUCCCUACCCCCGCCCUGGCACGUGCCCUGGAGGUACCUUCACCCCCAACAUGAAAUCCACCAAAGAUUACCCUGACGAGGUAAUUAACUUCAUGCGGAACCACCCCACCAUGUACAACGCUGUCUACCCAGUGCACAGGCGCCCCCUAGUGGUGCGAACCAAUGUCAACUACGAGUUUACCACUAUAACUGUAGACCAGGUGGAUGCAGCAGAUGGGCGCUAUGAGGUCCUCUUCCUGGGGACAGAUAUCGGGACAGUGCAGAAGGUGAUUAUUCUCCCAAAGGAUGAUAUGGAAACAGAGGAACUAAUCCUGGAAGAGGUGGAAGUUUUCAAGGUUCCUAUUCCGAUUACAACGAUGAAGCUUUCCUCAAAACGGCAACAGCUGUAUGUGGCCUCAGCAGUGGGAGUCACUCACCUGGCCCUCCAUCGCUGCGAUGUGUACGGGGAGGCCUGUGCUGACUGCUGCCUGGCCAGAGACCCCUACUGCGCCUGGGACGGCAAGUUCUGCUCCCGCUACUCAGCCUCGUCCAAGAGGCGCAGCAGAAGACAAGAUGUGAAACACGGCAAUCCCAUCAGGCAAUGCAGAGGCUACAACUCCAACACCAGUAAGAACACACUGGAGAUGGUGCAGUAUGGAGUAGAGGGCAGCAGUGCCUUCCUCGAGUGCCAGCCCAGGUCUCCACAAGCAUCUAUCAAGUGGCACCUGCAAAAAGAAAACAGCGACAGAAAGAAAGAGAUGCGCUCGGAUGAUCGCAUUCUGAAGACGGAGCAGGGCUUGCUGCUGCGCUUUCUGCAGCCCUCGGACUCUGGAUUCUACUUGUGCACCGCCACCGAGAACAACUUCAAACACAUGCUGGUGCGGCUGCAGCUUGUGGUGCUAUCCAGAAGAGCGGUCAAUGCCGUGCUAGCCGAGUCGGGAUCCCUGUCAGCCGCUGUUCUGCAGGCCAGCCCCCGAUCCCCAAGCCUGAACCCCUCCAGCCCCCGAACCCCCAGCCCCGGACAGUACAAGGACCUGCUGCAGAUCCUGAGCCAGCCAGAGAUGGGGCUCAUCAACCAGUACUGCGAGGACUACUGGCAGCUGGCAGGGGCUGGCCCCAAAGAGCCAUUGAUGGGCGCUCUGAAAGGGAAAGACCUCAAAGAACUCAAAGAGCAAAAGAAACCACGGAACCGCCGAAAUCACCAGGGCCAGGACGGGGGACAGCAAACAUGAGCCUACGAACAGAGAGACUCUGAAACAGAUAAACAAACAAAAAAAAAAAUCUUUUAAAUUUAAAUACAUGGUUCCCUUUAACAAUUUAAGAAAUGCAGUAUUUAUUGUAGGUUGUAUAUAGUAUGAUUCUGUGGAUUUCUUUGUACUUAAAUAGGAGAGGCUCUUUGUGUAUAGGUACCUUCUGGGCAAAUAAUAUUAUUAUUAUUAUUAUUAUUAUUAUUAUUAUUAUUAUUAUUAUUAUUAUUAUUAUUUUAAAUAAAUAUUAUUAUUGUGAGAGCGCUGUAUUUUUUGUUUUGUUAAUACAGCUUAAAGAACUACAGAAAACCAAUGUUACAUUUAAAGUGUGUAUACUGAAGUAUAAAUUGGUCUGAAAGGGUUUUGUUGUAAAUUAGGGGAGGGGAGGGGGUUCUUAAUGUUUUGGAUCGAACUGGAGUCAUUUACCAAUGAAAUCACCUGGAUUUCUACACUUUUCAUCUUUAUUCCACAGCCACGGAGAUAGCCAGGGUGAGUGACCAAAACACAACCGUUAACUGAGUUUGGUCCAGAUCCUCUUGCUGUCUGGGUUUCCGUUAAAGACGUCUGAGAGAAACUACAUUGACUUACAGUACAGCAAACCACAGUCUGUGCCCCUAUUUCUUUAAUUCACUUCCAGUGCUACUCUGAAACAUAAUCAAGAGUCAAAAAAAAAAUAAAAACCCCUCUAAUUACAAAUAUUUAUUUUUUAAGAUUGACAUGUUUUAUGUUUCAUGUUUAAAAUAUAUUAAUGUUGGCCAAGUUUCACAUGCAUGCACAUUAACUCGAACCCAAUGACUCCUGGCACAUGGACCAAUCUUGUCCCAGCAAUCGAGAUAUUUGAUGGUGUCUUGCUACAGACAGCAGAUAUUUUUGGAGAGUGGUAUCUUUUUGGACAGCGACAGUUUGAAAGCACAGAAGGAGUUAAAGUAACAAGUUCAGUCUUUUUGAUUCCACCAAGACCCAAUCUCCAACCUCCAUAAACUGAGGAAGAACUGAAGGCAAAUCAGACACAAAAUAUUGCAGACAAAGUAUACAAAGAAACUCCAUACUACACAUUCGCCUUGUUGAGCUGAUAUGAAAUUGACCCUUAAACUGCAGUAUGUAUGCAUUGGCUUACAAAAGGUUUUUGUCUGCUAUUAACAUAGUAUUUAUUGAAAAUAAAUAUGCAUUUAAAAUGAUUGUUACAGCAUUGAUGUUACAAUUCAGACUGUACCAAACUCACAUUUAAGUUUUUAGGAAACUCAACUAAUUAUUUUCAUUAAUAAUAAUGUUAUUAAAGCACAAAAUGUACAUUGGAUAAAGAUGACUUACUGGAGAAGUAAUGUAUAGUUAACUGUGGUAUAUAUGUGUAUACAGCAUACAAUCUCUAAGUACACUGAAUCCCUUCAAAUUUGGUACAGUUUGUAUAUUCUUGCAUUCAGUGUAGUCUGUGCAUUAUUAUUUUAAAGCGCUGCCUCUACCUGUGAAUGUUAAAAAAAGAAAGAAAAGGAAAUAUGUCUGCUAGUUCAGUUGGGGCCAUUCAGCAUAUGAUCCACAUAGACACGUAGCUUGAUGUAUGUAUAUACAACCCAUGCUCCCUUGAGAAAGGUAUGUUACACAUACUGGAAACAGUGGGAAGCUGGCUUUUCAGAGAAUGCAUGCCAUUUCUAUGUACUGUAUAUAUAAAUAAAGGGAGAUAUGCAUCUGUUGGUAGACUCACAGGAGAUUGUGAACUUCUGUUAUCAUUUUGUGACACUGACACUGUGCUGCAUAAAGGAAUUUUAUAUGUAUGAAACGUUUGAAUGAAACUGAAACGUCAAAAGCAGGAAGGCAUUUUGUUAUAGCCAUUUUGACUUUUUGAGCUUUUCAAACUGACCCAUGUUCCUUUUCUCUUCUCGUUUCUGUAGACAUUGUAUCUUGCUUCUGAACCGCCCCCCCCCCCUCCACCACCAUUUUUUUAUAAAUUAAAAUUGCGCAUUAAAAUAGAAGAUUGUAUAAUUUGUUGGUAAUUUUUUUUAAUAGAAAUGUUUUUUUUUUAAUCGUUGGAUUAUUUUGCUGUUAGUUUCAUUAAGAAAGACUUGCUGUAUCAGACAAAAUGCGCAGGUGAUGUUAUUUCACUGGCUCUUGUGUAAAUGACAUUGUUUUUCCCAUUGUUGAUGUUGCUGACUAAUAAAUUAAAGCUCUAUAUUUUAUAAAAA